CAGUUUCUGUGUUCCUUCUGUCUGCCGCUUUUCCCUUCGCUGCCCUUUGGCCUCGGUCUUUCCCCAGCCCAGCGCGCAGCCGCGGCUCGGCCUCCUUUUGGGCCCGCCUCCGAAGGACGUCACUUCCUGUGCGAGUGUUUCCGGGUCGCCGCUGGUUCGAGAGUACUGGUCUCGGUCCCCUCCAGCGGGCUGGAGCAGGGGAGCCCAGCCGGGCUCAGCUCCGGCGGCUGCCUCGGCUCCUUUUUGCUUCCCUCGGCCGGGGCGUCCUCCACGGCAGUGCUGAGAGCACGCUGCUGGUCCAGGCGGGCAGUAUGUCAGUGCUUUUAGCGAUGUCCCUGCUUCUCACCCGGAAGCCAUGGAGGAGAUAAGGUAGCCCCCGUCCCUGGGUCGGAUGGGGAAGCCCAGUUCAAUGGAUACAAAAUACAAGGAUGACUUAUUUCGGAAGUAUGUGCAGUUCCAUGAGGGCAGAGUGGACACCACCCCCAGCAAGCAGUGGCCUGGCAGUGAUGAGUACCUGCGGGUGGCAGCCUCCACCUUGCUCAGCCUGCACAAGGUGGAUCCCUUCUAUCGAUUCCGGCUGAUCCAGUUCUAUGAGGUGGUGGAGAGCUCCCUGCGCACACUGAGCGCCUCCAGCCUGCGGGCUUUGCACUGUGCCUUCAGCGUGCUGGAAACGGUGGGCGUCAACCUCUUCCUCUACCCAUGGAAGAAGGAAUUCAGAAGCAUCAAGACCUACACGGGCCCCUUCGUUUAUUACGUCAAGUCCACGUUACUGGAAGAGGACAUCCGAACCAUCCUGAAUUACAUGGGCUACGUGCCCGAGUUGGGGACUGCGUACAAGCUCAAGGAGUUUGUAGAAACCCUCCAGGUGAAGAUGGUCUCCUUUGAACUAUUUCUGGCCAAGGUGGAGUGUGAGCAGAUGCUGGAAAUCCACUCGCAAGUCAAGGACAAGGGCUACUCUGAGCUGGACGUGGUGAAGGAGCGCAAGAGCAGCACAGAGGACGCGCGCGGCUGCUCGGACGCCCUGCGGCGGCGGGCUGAGGGCCGGGAGCAUCUGACGGCCUCGAUGGCCCGUGUGGCUCUCCAGAAGUCGGCCAGCGAGCGGGCAGCCAAGGACUACUACAAGCCCCGCGUGACCAAGCCCUCAAGGUCUGUGGACGCCUACGACAGCUACUGGGAGAGCCGGAAGCCGCCCCUGAAGACCUCGUUGAGCCUGAGGAAGGAGCCCGUGGCAGCAGACCUGGGGGAUGACCUCAAGGAUGAGAUCAUCCGCCCGUCCCCUUCACUCCUGACCAUGUCUAGCUCCCCCCAUGGCAGCCCGGAUGACCUUCCAUCCUCCUCCCCCAGCAAUGGCCUUGGCCUGCUGCGCAGCACGUACGUCUCCGCUCAGGAUGACGUGGAUCUGUACACAGACUCGGAACCCAGGGCCACAUACCGGAGGCAGGACGCCCUGCGGCCAGAUGUAUGGCUGGUCAGAAAUGAUUCCCACCCCCUCUACCAUAAGCGCUCACCCCCCACCAAAGAGUCCGCCCUAUCCAAGUGCCAAAACUGCGGCCUGUCCUGCAGUUCCUCCAUCUGCCAGCGCUGUGACAGUCUGCUUGCCUGUCCCCCGGCCUCCAAGCCCAGCGCCUUCUCCAGCAAGGCCCCUGCCCAUGACAGCCUUGCCCAAGGGUCCUCUAUGAGGGAGAAGUAUGCAGGCCAGACCCAGGGCCUCGACCGGCUGGCGCACCUCCAUGCAAAAUCCAAGCCCUCUGCCGCAGCCACCUCCCGCUGUGGCUUCUGUAAUCGCCCAGGUGCCACCAACACGUGCACCCAGUGUUCAAAAGUUUCCUGCGAUGCCUGCCUCAUCGCCUAUCAUUACGACCCCUGCUGCAAAAAGAGCGAGCUGCACAAGUUCAUGCCCAACAACCAGCUGAACUACAAGUCCACCCAGUUUUCCCAUUUCGUGUAUAGAUAGACUGGACUGUGUACUUCCCUGCUGCAAGGGCUACACCACUGACCUUUCUGGUUUCUGGAGAAGAAGUGUUAAUGCAUAGAUCUGGGAAGCAGAGAUGUGCACUUGACCAUGUAGCUGCCGGGGAUCGUGGGUCAGCUGCACCAUGUGGGAGCUCACUUAGUGACUCAGUUAUUUCAACUGAUGGCUGCUUUGUCACCUGAGAAGGGAGAGGGUGGCACUUCCGUUCGGAUUCAUUUUCGCUAAUCACUCCCUAUUCCGUUUGUUUUUGUUUUUCUUAAAGAGGAUUUCUAUCUCGGGGACUCUUGCCGCACCUACCCCUCCCACCGCCAAGCCAACUUGGACUGGGAAGGGCCUUCCAGGUCACCUCCAAUGCCCACCUGGAGCGGUGAGCUUGAGGCCUGUUGGCUUGUGAAAUGAGCCCUCCUGCCACACUGGGCCUCUUCCAAUGGCUCAUCCCUUCGCUGCCCCUGCCUUCCCCUCUCUCUAGGUUUCAAAGUGAACCGAGUCCAGUAUUAGCUGAAUGUCAUCCUGUUGCCACCACAGCUCAGCUCAGCCCAUGUUUGUGAACUUGGCCCCAGCGCAUUGAAGUGCGGACCUUCCACAGCAGGUCUGCCUUCCCCCUUUCUGUCGUUUGCACACGCCCCUCCUAUUGUACUGUAAAUAGAUAUUUUUGAGAUUUAUUUUUAAAUAAAUAUUCAACUUGCUGUGUGUUCAAAGUGGUUAAAAACAUUAUGUAGCUAUUUAUAAAAAUGCCCUAAGUUCUUGAGUCUUCCAGGGGAGGGUCUCAUGCCCUUCCCUGCUGUGUCCCCCACUCGCCCCAGCCCGCAGGUAGAGUGGGGGCAGAGGAGGAACAGAGACGAUGUCUCUGAGCUGGUGAUGAGCCACUGUCUUCCCUACAAUAAAUCUCUAUACACCUACCUCCAGUGUGCACUUUGGGGGUGAGUGUGGCCUGAGAGGCCUGUGCACCUGCAGACUGUGAUAACCUCGCGACGAGUCAGGAACCUCACCUGUGGAUCGACAGCCUGGUCUUUGCCACUUGCUGAGUGUGAAGCUUGCACUCCAGACUUCUUGAGUCUCGUUUCAGAAGGAAACUCAUUUGGGAUUCCCAUCUCAGUCCUCUUCUCUUCGCCUGUUUCCGGGAUUCUGCACCAUUUGCGAUCUUUUUGCACUAAAGGUGGGCAGGAGUUGGCGUGCGCCCAUCAGACAGAUGUCUCCUGAGAUUCUCAGCUGAGCCUAAGCACUUCCAAACCCGAACGCCCCCUAGACUCCUCCUGUGAGUGACUGAGCCCCGGAUUUUCCUUUUGGGGUGCAGAGCAGGAGUGGGGCAAGAGUUUGAAAAUAAAACCGCUUCCUUGUGAACUAAUAAUAUAUUUUAGCCAUAAGUGUUUGUGAUGUACAGAAUGUUACCAGAAUUUACAUGCAGUGGGUUUUCCGGUCGGUGGAAGGGGGUAUUCAACUCUUGAGCAAAUUGAAAUCUGGCUGAAUCCUGAGGCCACUGUGAGUUUGUUGAUGUCCUUCCAACUCAGUUGAGUGAUUUUAAGGUUUUUCAAAUCUUCUAUGGCUCUUUUUUUAUAUAUCGAGUAGAUCAUCUAUAGAUAUCCAAUGUGUAUAUAAAGCUGAAUUUCAACUGACUUUAUUACUGAGACCACCCCAUUCUGGGCAUUCAUCUUUGAUGUUCUUCCUUUUCACAUUUCAGAAGUGUCAAUGCCUGUCCCACUCCUGAGAGCUCUAGUUUUCUAGCUUUCCAUUUCCAGAUCGCUCCAGCACUAUAGUAACUCUUUAACCAACUGUGAUGCCACGUAACUUAUCCGUAGUAGACAAAAGCAGGAACGACUGACUCGUCUUAGCAGAGAGAGUCCAGUGUACGUAUCAUCAUGGAAAUACUGUGUCAUGGACUGGAAUAGGAAGCGCUCUGACCAUGCUCCUCUUUGGUGUGUAUCGUACUGUAUGAGGUUGCUGUGACUGAGAAAAAUAUAUGCUAAUUUAAAAAUGCAGAUGUUUUGCAUUUGAUUUCUACCAAGAGUUGAAAUGUAAAGAGAUGAUUUAAAAAAUAAUAAAGUGUCUUCCAUUAUUAAAUAAAA